AGUCUGUUGCCGCUUCCUGUUUGGACUGGGAGUCCCGUGGUCGCAAAUUGUGAGAAUUUGGAAAGGGAGUCUUCAUCUUCUCGUCUAGUUCUCCGAGGUUGAAGGCUCGGCCUGCUCAGAGAAGGAAACUGAGGUCCACCGAGUUGGAGAAACCCACUCAACACCAGGACUAACUUCUUCAGUGCUUAGAGUGUGAGAAAAAUGGCAAAUAUGAAUAGUGAUUCUAGGCAUCUUGGCACCUCUAAGGUAGAUCAUGAAAGAGAUCCUGGACCUAUGAAUAUCCAGUUUGAGCCGUCAGAUCUAAGAUCCAAAAGGCCUUUCUAUAUAGAGCCCACAAACAUCGUGAAUGUGAAUCAUGUCAUUCAGAGGGUUAGUGACCAUGCCUCCGCCAUGAACAAGAGAAUUCAUUACUACAGCCGGCUCACCACUCCUGCAGACAAGGCACUGAUUGCCCCAGACCAUGUAGUUCCAGGUCCAGAAGAGUGCUAUGUGUAUAGCCCUUUGGGCUCUGCUUAUAAACUUCAAAGUUACACUGAAGGAUACGGUAAAAACACCAGUUUAGUAACCAUUUUUAUGAUUUGGAAUACCAUGAUGGGAACAUCUAUACUAAGCAUUCCUUGGGGCAUAAAACAGGCUGGAUUUACUACUGGAAUGUGUGUCAUCAUACUGAUGGGCCUUUUAACACUUUAUUGCUGCUACCGAGUAGUGAAAUCACGGACUAUGAUGUCUUCGUUGGAUACCACUACCUGGGAAUAUCCAGAUGUCUGCAGACAUUAUUUCGGCUCCUUUGGGCAGUGGUCGAGUCUCCUUUUCUCCUUGGUGUCUCUCAUCGGAGCAAUGAUAGUUUAUUGGGUGCUUAUGUCAAAUUUUCUUUUUAAUACUGGAAAGUUUAUUUUUAAUUUUAUUCAUCACAUUAAUGACACGGACACUAUACUGAGUACCAAUAAUAGCAACCCUGUGAUUUGUCCAAGUGCUGGGAGUGGAGGCCAUCCUGACAACAGCUCUAUGAUUUUCUAUGCCAAUGACACAGGAGCCCAACAGUUUGAAAAGUGGUGGGAUAAGUCCAGGACAGUGCCCUUUUAUCUUGUAGGGCUCCUCCUUCCACUGCUCAAUUUCAAAUCUCCUUCAUUUUUUUCAAAAUUUAAUAUCCUAGGCACAGUAUCUGUCCUUUAUUUGAUUUUCCUUGUCACCUUUAAGGCUGUUCGCUUGGGAUUUCAUUUGGAAUUUCAUUGGUUUAUACCAACAGAAUUUUUUGUACCAGAGAUAAGAUUUCAGUUUCCACAGCUGACUGGAGUGCUUACCCUUGCUUUUUUUAUUCAUAAUUGUAUCAUCACACUCUUGAAGAACAACAAGAAACAAGAAAACAAUGUGAGGGACCUGUGCAUUGCUUAUAUGCUGGUGACAUUAACUUAUCUCUAUAUUGGAGUCCUGGUUUUUGCUUCAUUUCCUUCACCACCAUUAUCCAAAGAUUGUAUUGAGCAGAAUUUUUUAGACAACUUCCCUAGCAGUGACACCCUGUCCUUCAUUGCAAGGAUAUUCCUGCUGUUCCAGAUGAUGACUGUAUACCCACUCUUAGGCUACCUGGCUCGUGUCCAGCUUUUGGGCCAUAUCUUCGGUGACAUUUAUCCGAGCAUUUUCCACGUGCUGAUUCUUAAUCUAAUUAUUGUGGGAGCUGGAGUGAUCAUGGCCUGUUUCUACCCAAACAUAGGAGGGAUCAUAAGAUAUUCAGGAGCAGCGUGUGGCCUGGCCUUUGUAUUCAUAUACCCAUCUCUCAUCUAUAUAAUAUCCCUCCACCAAGAAGAGCGUCUGACAUGGCCUAAAUUAGUCUUUCAUGUUUUCAUCAUCAUUUUGGGUGUGGCUAACCUGAUUGUUCAGUUUUUUAUGUGAAAUACCUCAACUGUUUUUUCAAGAGCUCUCAUGAUAUUUUGAGCCUUGACAACAGUUCUAUAUAAAUUCACUUGUAAAUGCUGCUGUUGUGUAAUUCUAAAUAUUUUCUAAGAUAAUUUGAAAGCAAGGGAAAUAGUGGCCCCUUAAUAAGUAUGUUUUUAUUGGGGUGGGGAAAGGAGCAAAAAGAAUGAUCUUAGCGUCUUUACCUUUCUCAUAUUAACUCACCUCUUUAUUCUGUGGUCUUUUCUGAAUAGAAAUGUAUGCCCUAGGAAGAAAUCAUGCUGGGUUUUGCUUUUAGAGAUAAAAGGUGGUGGAUUUACUUUGCCUGCAGUAAAAAUUCUCAGGGUGUCAGAGCAGCAUAUUGCCAAAUCCUGCUUCUGUUUUAUGUUUCAGUGUAUUCUCUUUCAUUUUCUUACUUACUAGACCAUUUCUGCAGUUUGCCCAAACCUCUACUGUUUGGGACAGUAAACCAAAUACCUCAUUUUUAAAAAGAAGUUUUCAUGGCAUCAGUGUUAAUAAAGUACAUUUUUAGCUGAGUCUUAAUCUCUAUUUGAAGAAAAAGUAGAGACAAAAGUAAUGUCAAUGUAAUCCCCAGGAUCAUGAAAUGUAUACAAAAUAAACAAAGUAGUAGAGUUUGUUGCUG